AUGAUUCCCGCCAUUACCGCAAAGUAUGACUGGAUUUUGGCAGUGACCUCGAUUGCCUUCGUCUUCAGCGCCUUCGGAAAUGGUGCGAACGAUGUGGCUAACUCAUACGCAACGUCCGUGGCUGCCCGGACCCUGGAGAUGUGGCAGGCUGGUAUCCUCGCUACCAUCACAGAGUUCGUCGGUGCCGUGGCUUUGGGUAGUCGUGUGACAUCGACCAUCAAAUCUGGCAUUAUCAGUCCCGACCGCUUCAUGGGCAACCCCGGUACCUUCAUGUUGGCCAUGGGCUGCGCGGAGGUUGGAAGUGCCGCCUGGCUGAUGGUGGCUACGCACUACGGGUGGCCGGUAUCAACCACGCAGACCGUUGUCGGGGCUUUAGUCGGUGUCGGAUUCGCUACACAAGCAGAAAUUUCCUGGGGAUGGAAGAGUGGCAGUGUGUCCCAAAUCGCAGCAUCGUGGGGUAUCGCCCCAGCUGUAGCUUGCGGCUUCUCGGCUCUCAUCUUCGGUACCCUCAAGUAUAGCGUGCUGGAGCGGAAGGAUUCUUUCAAGUGGGGCAUGCGUCUCAUUCCCCUCUACCUCUCUGUGACUGGAGCUAUCCUCGCCCUGUUCAUUGUUGUCGAGGCCCCUACUGCCCCCUCGCUCGAGGAGUUUGGUGCCGGUAAGGCCGUCGGUAUCAUCCUCGGCGUCUUCUUUGGCUGUCUCCUCAUUUCCUACGUCUUCUUCGUCCCCUACUUCCACCGUCGCCUCGUGAAACAAGACCCUCGCAUCCGAGCCUACCACAUUCCCCUCGGACCCUGGCUCCUCAAGGAUGACUGCCCCCUCUACUGGCCUGGCAAGGGUGACAAAUUCGUCACCAACUACUACGAAGACGCCCAUGGCGAAGUGCGCGCCGGCCAGAAAGACAGUGAGAAAACAUCCGGUCAGAAAGAGACGAACAUUUCCGACAUCGAGCGCACCGCCGAAUCAGCCAUGGCUACUCCCCAGAUCCAACCGAAAAAGCGCAUCAUCGGUCCCCAUGAGCGCUUCCUCGAGCCUGUCAAAGACCUCUCCUGGUUCAGCCCGGCCAAAUACUGGGGCUGGACCAAAUUUAUUCUCCUCCAGGGUGUCACCCGUGAUGUUAUCACCCACGACUCCGAGCACCUUCGCGCCGUCCACGCCCGUGCCCACCGGUACGACGACCGCGUCGAGCAUCUCUGGACCUACUGCCAAGUUGUCUCCGCCAUGAUGAUGUCUAUCGCACACGGCUCUAACGAUGUCGCCAACGCCGUGGGACCCUGGGCUGGUUCGUACGCUACCUACCUCUCCGGUGCGGUGAACACCAAAUCGGAAACCCCUGUCUGGUUCCUCGUCAUUGCUGGUCUGCUCCUGGGUGCCGGAUUCUGGUUCUACGGUUACAACGUGAUGCGCGCGAUGGGUAACAAGAUCACCCAGAUGUCGCCCACCCGUGGCUUCGCCACUGAGCUCGGAGCCGCCGUGACUGUCCUCUUGGCGUCGAGACUGGGUCUUCCUGUGUCUACCACUCAGUGUCUCACUGGAGCCGCUACCGGUGUCGCUCUCAUGAACUUCGACAUGGGCGCGAUGAACUGGCGCCAGCUCGGAUUUAUCUUCAUCGGCUGGAUUUUGACCCUGCCUUGUGCUGGAUUGGUUGCUGGACUGAUAUGUCUGAUGGCUUUGAAUACCCCGCACUUUUAA